AUGGCUCCUCGACAAAAUAAUCGAAAGCAUGCUAAUUCCAAAAAUCCUAAACGGAAAGUUCCGCAAUUAGCUAAGAAAUUGCGGAAAAAACGAAAUGGUACCAAAAAAGAAGAGAAAGAAACCUACCUAAAGAUGGCCGUCAAAGACAGAAAACGAGACUAUGGACAGAAGAAAGCAAAGGCCCAUCUAGAUUCAGAAAUGGUUUUGUCCAGCCGUGAAAUAAGUGAUUUCGAUCGGUUUAAAUUGUUAUUCAAAGACAACGGCGUUGAAAACAAACAGUACAAACUGAGUAUUUUAUUGCUAGUACCUUUUGUAAUUUUUAUACUACUUAUUUUGAAAAUAUAUAUCCUUGAUGAGUAUCCAGCAUUUUAUUACGAUAACACCGUUAAUCUUAAGCUUUAUCGCACUUUUUAUCACACAAUAACAUCACGUGAUAAUAUUUUUUUCGUCGAAACUUCCGGCGCUUACACGUUGAACAAUCGUCAAGCAUGUGCCAUUGAAUCAACUGCUCGACAUAAUCCUUCAUUUUCAGUAAAAUUAUUAAUGUUUACUCCUAACAAAGUGAACGAUAACUUCAAUUUGACUCGCCAAUUUUCAAAUAUAGAAAUAACCGGAACUUCAAUGGAAAAUGUUUUAGAGGGAACUCCUUUAUUGGAAUGGUAUAAUCAAGGAAAAUGGAAGAAGAGUAAGUUUAAAAUCAUCCAUUUUAGUGAUGCUGCUAGAUACGCUCUAUUAUGGAAAUUCGGUGGAAUAUAUUCCGAUCUGGACAUCGUUAUGUUAAAGCCAUUUCCUGCUUUAAAAAAUUUUGUAAUUAAAGAAACCGAAGAAAGAAUUGCUAAUGGAAUUUUUGGAAUGCAGUAUUAUCAUCCUAUAACAUAUAACUGUAUGAGAGCUUUUGCAAAAAUAUACAAAAGUCAUUGCUUUGUGUGUGGUGGCCCACCUCUGUUUACUCAUGUGUUUUUAUCGUUUUGUUCUGGAAGAAAUGUAAAUGUUGUACAGAAGAAGAAUGAUUGCGGUGUUACUGUAUUGAAUCAAUUCGCGGCAUUUCCUGUAUUUUUUAACGAUUGGAAAGAUUAUUUUUCCAAAUCUUCUGCCAAUGAUGUUCUUCGAAAAAUUAAUGACAGUUACUUAAUACACGUCUGGGGAAAGUUCAAUCGUAAUGAAAAACUUCACCCGGGAUCGGGAAGUGCUUAUGAAGAAGUUAUGGCUAAAAAUUGCCCUCACGUUUACGCACAAGCCAGAAGAAAUGGUAUUUUAUAAUUUAUUCUGUAUAAAAGAAUUUAU